CUGACACCAUAUUGAUGUAGGAUUUGAAUAUCAAGGGAUUCAUUCUGGAAUUCAGGAUCAGUCAAGUCUCGUGAUUAGCUUUGUCGUUUGUUCUUAAGAAUUUGAAAAAGAUGGGUCGCCGAUCGAUUAACACCACGAAAAGUGGGAAAUAUAUGAAUCCUACGGAUCAAGCUCGGAAGGAAGCACGUAAGAAGGAAUUAAAAAAGAACAAGAAGCAGAGGCAGUUGGUUCGAGCUGCUGUGUUAAAGGGGAAAGACCCUACACAGAUUAUCGAGGAAAUGGAAAAGAUCGAUCAAAUGGAGUAUAAUGUAAUGCAGCCACCACCGCUAAAUGAAAAAGUAUUGAAGGAUAAAAGAAAAAAGCUAAAAGAAACAUUAGAUCGUGUUUUAAAAAUGUAUGCAAAGGAUGACCAAGAGAAGUGGGUCGAACUGAAGGAGCAACUGAUUCAGUACGAACGAAGGAGAAUAGAUUUAGUAACAUACUUUGAAGCUGUACGACAUGCUCAGCAAGUACAGGUUGAUGAAAUCCCUUUGCCAUCUGCUGCCAAUGAUGUGUCGAGAAUGUAUACAGGUUCUUUAACAUCGCAAAUUCCAUUACCUGAGAUGCCACAACCACCGACACAUUUAUAUCCACCUCACCCACAUUAUAUACCUCAGCAUCAUCCUCUUAUGAAUAUACCUAUACCACCCAGUAUAUUAAAAAAGACUAGUGCCUACGGUACGUCACCAAGCGUACCAACGAUAGCACCAAAUAAGGAACCUCCAGGAGUUCCACCCUUUCCACCACCAGAUUUAUCCAGCGAAGAUGAAGAUGUGAACGAGAAGGUAAAAGAGCCGGCACAAAAAUCACGAACAAUACGCUUUGCGGACGACAAGGAUGACAAGCAAGAAGCUGAAAACAAAGAUAAGGACGAAAAAGAUAGAGAGAAAGAAAGGGAAAUGUCCAAAGUGAAACCUACGACGUUGCAACAAAAAAUGUUAGCAAUGGCUGGUCAGGACAUCGAUCAGUUUAUGAGGGAAAUGGAGGUUGUUCAUAAAAAACGAGAAACAGAGCGGGCUCAAGAUCUUAAUGCAAGACUAUCGUUAUUGGAAGCGGAAUCAGAAACAAAAUCUAAUAAUAAAAUCAGUGGAAAGUCCGAAGAUGACGAUUUAGAACCUCCAGGAGCUUCGGAUCAUUCGGCAGUUCACGAACAACUGGGCUCGUCCCUACCUCAUCAACAUCAGCAACAGCAUUCGUUACCUCCCAUGGGGCUCCCACCACCACCUCUCCUUUAUCGACCUCCGCCACCACCUAUGCAUCUAAGGAUGCCACCGCCUCCACCACCGCGCAUCGGUCUUAGACUGCCACCAGGUCCACCACCUGGAAUGCCACGCAUGUUGAGACCUGGACCUCCGAACAUGCCACGGAUGCCACCUUCUCCUAUGCAGAUGCCAAACUUGACAGGUCUCCCAACAAUGGCAGCUGCGCAGUUGCAAGCACAAUCAAUACUAAAUUCUCAGUCAAAAACUCCCAAUGUUUUGUCCGCUGCACCACAACUUAUUAACAGGAAAGACAAAGAUGGCAAGAGCACGACAACCAUAGAGGCAAAGCCUCAAAUUAGAAAUCUCGCAGCUGAUGUGACGAGAUUUUUACCAACGUCGCUUCGUGUAAAACGUGAUGAAAAGAAGAAACCUAGUAUAAUGCCCAGAUUGCCAGAGAGGUUACCAGAGGCUCAACCUGUUAGAACUACGCAACCUAAAACUAAGGAUGACGCAUACAUGCAGUUUAUGCAAGAAAUGGAGGGUCUGCUAUGAACCCCAAUAUCUAUGCUACUUAUUAAAAUGCAACUUGAAUAUUGGAUGAACUAGUAUUUGUACAUCGAAUAGUGUCAUCAACAUCGUAAUACAGGCUUCUCAAAGAA